AUGUUUCAAGAAAAAUCUGAAAAGCUGUCAUUCCCCAAAAGAUCUUCAUCUUUGAGAUCACCACCUGAGUCACUAGCUACUAAUUCAAAGAAUGUUUUCAUGUUUGUUAACUAUUCUAAAGAUUGGCCACUAAUUCUUGUUGGGAUCUUACUUAUGGGUGGUUCAGCAAUUGCAACGCCAAUGAAUACAUAUAUUUAUGGGGAAAUAAUGGGCAAACUUUCACAAUUUUAUUUACAUGAUCAAUCAAAUCAAACUUUCAGUCUAGAUAUAGUCAAAUUAUGUGUCGGCUUAAUUGGUAUUGGAUGUUCCAAAAUGAUACUAGUGUGGCUAGGCAUGUUCACGUGGCUUAAAUUUGGUGAAAUCCAACAAUCAAGAGCAAGGUUACAAAUUUACAAUAAAAUCAUUAAUGAAUCACAAUCAUGGUACGAUUCCAAACAAAACUUAAUUGGACAUUUAACACAAAUUAAUCGGUGCAUUGAAGAAUUAAGAUCUUGUAAUGGUGAAAUCUUGGCUAGCUUAAUUCAAACCAUAGUGUUGAUCUUGGCACUUUUGAUUAUGUCUUUCUACCAAUCGUGGAGUACUACUUUGAUAAUAAUGGCAAGUUUCCCCAUUAUGGCACUUUGUGGUUGGUAUUUUGGUAAACUCACUUAUAAAGCUCAACAGGAUGAAAAUGAGAUCACAUCAAAAGCUAGUAAAGCCUUCAACUGGUGUUAUGUUAAUCCAGAAAUGAUUCGAUUUUUCAAUAGCAAACAUAUUGAAUCAACCAAAUUCAAACAAUUAAUUAAGAAAUCGGCACAAUUCUAUUAUAAAUUAAGUCAUGCAGUUGCUGCAAAUACAGCAGUCUUGAAAACUUUAACACUUAUGAUGUUUGUUCAGGGAUUCUGGUUUGGUAACUAUCUAUUGUCACGUGAUACAAUCACAAUUAAUCAAUUAUUUACUUGUUUUAGUUCUUGUUUAAUGCUUGGGCAAGCAGUUUCUGGGAUUACAGAAUUGUUAGCAAUUUUAAAUACUGGACAUGCUGCGUCUGAUAAAAUUUCUGGGUUUUUACUGCAACUCCCAUCUAAUACAAGAUUAUUGUUACAACACCUGAAAUACCCACCAUUUGAAAUUGGUUCAAUAUAUUUUAGGAAUGUUUGGUUUGAAUCUGGUUCACAAAAUAGUGUUGCUAUAUUGCAGGAUGUUUCUUUCAAAAUUUUACAGAAUCAAUUUAAUUAUAUUAUUGGGAAAUCGGGGUCUGGGAAAUCAACUAUUGCAAAACUCUUGAUGCAAAUGUAUUCUGUGUCGCGUGGAACUAUCGAGAUUGAUACAGUUUCAAUUGAUAAACUAGACCCUAAAUAUAUUUGUCAAAAUAUCACUUUGCUUGAACAAAAUCCGGUGAUAUUUAAUGAUAAGACAAUUGCAGAAAAUAUAGCCAUUGCUGUGGUUGAUGAUUAUGAUAGUUUGCAAGCAAUACCUGAUUAUUUGAUUGAACAGGCGGCUCAUUUUGCCUUAUUGCUGGAUUUAGAUUUAAACAUGAAAAUCAAUCAGUUGACAUUAUCUGGAGGGCAACAACAACGGAUUUCAAUAGCUAGGGCAUAUUUGAAAAAUUCACCAGUUUUAAUUAUGGACGAAAGUUUUAGUGCUUUGGAUACUGAAACUAAGCAAGGUCUUAUUGAAAAGGUGAAAAAUUGGAGAAUUGGUAAAACAACUAUUUUUAUCACCCAUGAAUAUGAAAAUAUACUUGAUGAUGAAUAUGUCAUUAUCUUGGAUCAGGGAAAGGUCAAGAACCAGGGACAGUUUAAGAAGGUCAAAAAUGAGGACAUUGUCCAACAUUAUAAAUCUCAAGGUAUUGAAACAUCAUCAAAUAUAACCACUAAUCAAAGUCUCCCCCAAGAUACAAAAAUACUGGAUUUAGAAUACAAUUAUAAAACCAACCCUUAUAUUCUCAAGGAUUUAGAAUCUCAAAUUAAAGAAGACGCGAAUAAUGAGCAACUAAUGGGUGUUUUGUCAAUACUUAAAUACUGUAGCUCAACAAUCAAUGGCAAAUGGCUACUUGUAUUUGGUAUUCUUUUAUCUAUUUUGCAAGGUGUCUCAGGUCCAGUAUUUUCAUACUGUUUCUCCAAAUUAUUAUCAACAUCCUUGGAUACCUCAAUAGGGUUGAAUUCAACCCAAAAGAUUCUCCAUUGGUCUUGCAUAUCAUUGUCAAUUGCUAUUUUCACAGGAAUUACAAGUUAUUUGUCAGAAUUUAUUUUGAAUUAUUGUGGUGAAAAUUGGAUAGUUUCUCUACGACAAUUAACUUUGUCCAAAUUGAAUAAUCAAGAUUUGUCAUUUUUCACGAGAUUUGAUUUGAAUUGGAGUUCGCUGGAAAUAACUGCAUUACUAAUGAAUGAUACCAGGGACUUGAGGAAUUUAAUUUCUCAAUUCUUCCCAUUAUUAGCCAACUUGAUGUCCAUGACAUUGAUUGGAGUAAUCUGGUCGAUUGUUUCUGGUUGGAAAUUGGCAUUGGUAGGGAUCUCAUUUGUUCCAUUGGUACUUUUGGUUACAAUUCUUUAUGGCAAAAUCUUAGAAUCAAUUGAGAAUAAAUAUAAAUGUAAAGUGAAUGCUGUGGAGCUAGAUCUAUAUCAAACCAUAACCACAAUAAGAACUAUAAAAAUUUUCAAUAUUCAACAAUAUUUUGAAACCAUUUUCAAAGAAGAUUUGAAAGCUUUAAAUUCUGUUGGUAUUUAUCGAGCAUUGCAAACUGGUAUUGGAUUUGCAAUUUCUGAUCUAUUUUCAUCCAUUGGUCAAGCAAUAAUUCUAUUCUAUGGUAUGAAACUAAUAAGUCAAUACCAAUAUAAUUAUUCUCAGCUCUUACAAGUGAUCACAUUGUUAAGCUUUACCAUUAACAAUGCAUCAAUAUUGAUUCAUCAAUUACCCGAAAUUACACGAGGUCAAAGAGCUGGCACUUUUAUUGUGAAAUUACUAAAGGACAUUACUCCCACAUUAGAGGUAAAUGAAAACCAUAGUAUUAGCUCAACAAGGAAAAGAACUACCAAGAGUAGUUGUGAUACUACUGAUUCUGUCGAUCCCAUUAAAGGCAAUGGAUUAUUUAAACAAGUAACAACCGAUAAUGAUACGUUAGCUAUCAGUUUCAAUAAUGUAUCUUUUUCAUACCCUAAUAAUAAGUCACCGCACAUGCUUCAAUUGAAAAACAUUUCGUUUGAUGUAAAGAAAUUUACAACUAUUGGAAUAGUUGGACAAUCAGGAUCAGGUAAAUCAACAGUUUUAAAGGUUUUGUUUAGAUUGUAUGAUGUCAAGCUUUGUUCCGAUACAAACACUACCAACAAAUAUCAUAAUCAAACUGUUAAAAUUUUUAACCAGGAUCUAUAUCUCAUCAACAGUGAUUUAUUGUGUCAAACAAUAGCUAUAGUACCUCAAUUUCCGAAAUUUUUCAGUGGUUCAAUAUAUGAUAAUUUAACUUAUGGAAUCAAUAUCACAAAUAUUACUAUUAAUACUAGUUCACUGUCGGUUUCCGAUAUUGAAAUUAUUAAAGUACUAAAAUUGGUCAAUCUCUAUCAAUUUAUAAUUUCAUUACCACAAGGAUUAUUAACCGUCAUGAAUGAUAGUGAUAACGACAAUGACAACGACAAUGACGAUACAAGACUGGCAUCAUCAUUAACUUCAUUUACAUUUUCAGGUGGACAAUUACAAUUACUUGCUAUUGCUAGAGCGUUAUUGCGUAACCCCAAAAUACUACUUCUUGAUGAAUGCACAUCAAAUCUAGAUCCAAUCACUACUAAAAUUAUCAUCGAUGUGGUAAAUUCCUUACAUGGCGAAUUGACUGUACUAUUUGUUACUCAUGAUAGAGAAUUGAUGCGAAUUUCCGAUAAUUUGAUAGUAAUGAAAGAUGGUCAAAUUGUAGAGCGAGGUGAUUUUCAACAAUUGUCCUCCAAUAAUGGUGAGUUUACCAAGAUUACAAAAACCGUGAUAUAA